GCGCUCGAUUUCCCCCGGGGCCGGGGCGGGGGCGGCUGGGGGCGCAGCCCGGGGGAUGCUGGGCUCGGUGAAGAUGGAGUCUCAUGAACUGGCCGAAUGGAGCUACUACCCGGAGGCGGGCGAGGUCUACUCCCCCGUGACCCCCGUGCCCACCAUGGCCCCCCUCAACUCCUACAUGACUCUGAACCCUCUGAGCUCUCCCUACCCCCCUGGGGGGCUCCCGGCAUCCCCACUGCCCUCAGGACCCCUGGCACCUCCAGCGCCCACUGCGGCCACAGCCCCGCUGGGUCCCACUUUCCCAGGCCUAAGUGGCGGCAGUGGCGGAGGUAGCAGUUCCGGGUACGGGGGCCCGGGAGCCGGACUGGGGGCCGGGAAGGAGAUGCCAAAGGGGUACCGGCGGCCCCUGGCCCACGCCAAGCCCCCCUACUCGUAUAUCUCGCUCAUCACCAUGGCCAUCCAGCAGGCGCCCGGCAAGAUGCUGACGCUGAGCGAGAUCUACCAGUGGAUCAUGGAUCUCUUCCCCUACUACCGGGAGAACCAGCAGCGCUGGCAGAACUCCAUCCGCCACUCGCUCUCCUUCAACGACUGCUUCGUCAAGGUGGCCCGCUCCCCCGACAAGCCGGGCAAGGGCUCCUACUGGGCCCUGCACCCCAGCUCCGGGAACAUGUUCGAGAACGGCUGCUACCUGCGCCGCCAGAAACGCUUCAAGCUGGAGGAGAAAGCUAAGAAAGGGACCAGCAGCCCGGCGGCCUCUAGGAACGCGGCCGCGGUGGCGGCCACCCCCGCCGCAGCCACCGUCGUCACCUCCCCGCCCCAGCCGCCAGCCCCAGAGCCCGAGGCCCCGACUGGGGAUGAAGUGGGGGCGCUGGACUGCGGCUCCCCGCCUUCCUCCACACCCUAUUUUACUGGCCUGGAGCUCCCCGGGGAGCUUAAGCUGGACCCUCCGUACAACUUCAACCACCCCUUCUCCAUCAACAACCUGAUGUCGGAACAGACGCCGGCACCCCCCAAGCUGGACGUGGGGUUUGGGGCCUACGGGGCCGAGGGGGCCGAGCCGGGAGGGUACUACCAGAGCCUGUACCCCCGCUCUCUGCUUAAUGCAUCCUAGCACGGAGGACGGAGGGAGCGAGGCUGCUGGCCGAGCUCAUGCCCGUGGUCUCUGCUCGCUGGGAGCCUCCUGGGGGUGCCCUGCAGGUCCCCGAGAUAACCCCCUUAGAGGGUGGGUCCUGGCAGGUGGCGUGCCCAGCCCCUAGGUGCUGUGAGUGGAUCCCUCGAGAUGGCCCAUGUUGGUUGGCAUCGCUGGCGGGUCCCACUGGCUGCAUCUGCGGCGCUGUGAUGGACACGCAUGCCCCUUGUCCACCCUUUGCAGGGGCGGGGCACCUCUGCCAGGCUCUCCGUUCCAUCUGCUCAGGCCACGUCCCUUUCUGGAGUUGGCAGAGUAGAUGCUAAGUGGGUGACUGUCCCAGGCCCCCACCUGGGUGGGCGGAUGGCGCCAGUGUGCCCAAGUACCACUCGGCCCCCUGAGCCCUGUGACACUGAAGUCGUCGCUCUCUUUCGGGGUGGGGGGCACAGAGAAUGCGCCUCGGUAGAUUCCAGGCACCCCCCGACCCCCACUUUUUUCUCCCCUUUUCUGGGAGGAACCAGGACUGGCUGGGGGGUGGGGAGUUUCUACCGAGUGCCCAGUAAGCAGGACAC